UUCGAAUUUUCAGAGACAAAGUGCCUACGCGAGCAUGGGAGUGUAUAAAGUGAUUUGGUACACCCUUUUGGAAUUCCUACUGUUACAACUUGUUAAAGUGAAUUGUGCGGAAGACGUCGACGCCUGGCGUUUACACGAGAGGACCGUCGGCGGAUUCUCUUGCGGACCGCCGCAACCUCGUUCGUUUCGAUUGGACGAAAUUAUGGACGACGACGAACUACCCGACAUUCAAACUCACGUAUUCCCAAAAAUGACGGUUUUAUACAGAUGCGACUCGCACUCCGGUUGCUGUCAGAGCAGGACGAAACAAUGCGCGCCCCAGGUCCUGGAGGAGGUCCGUCUCACCUUCCGACUGCUUGGUCACGCCGGAAAAGGCAGCCUGCUUAAAGAGAAGUACAUCAACGUUGCGACGACAAAUCACACACGGUGCUCCUGUCAGACGGUUACCGGUAACAUCAAAUAGCGUCGCGGUCAAUUGGGGUAGUUUAGAAAAGUGAUAUAAGUAUGAAGACAAAGUGCAAUAGCAGAAAGGGCACGAUAGAGAGUGCAGCCGGUGCCAUUUAUUUAUUUCCGUAUGAAAUUUCUUCCGUUGAAUUUGCCUGUGAUAAUAGGAUAUUUAUUUUUUAAUUUUAAGUAUUUAUUAAUGACGUCCAUCAAGCAGUAUUUGUGAUUUUCUAUUUAAAUGUGUUAAAUAAAACUAAAUCAUAUAACAAUGUUGCAGGUAGUGCAAUUGUUAAAGUUGUUACGUCUUUCCGAUUUUGCUGAAUUAUGGAUUAAUCCAAGUC